AUGGCCGACGCUGCUCCUAAAGGUACCUUGAGAUUGGGCUCUACCGCCCCAGACUUCCAGGCCGAGACCUCCAACGGUCCAAUCUCUUUCCACGAGUUCAUUGGUGACAAGUGGGUUGUUUUGUUCUCCCACCCAGAUGACUUCACCCCAGUCUGCACCACCGAGUUGGGUGCUUUCGCCAAGUUGCAGCCCGAGUUCGAGAAGAGAAACACCAAGUUGAUUGGUUUGUCUGCCAACGGUACCGAGUCCCACAAGGCCUGGAUCAAGGACAUUGAUGAGAUCACCGGAUCCACCUUGACCUUCCCAAUCAUUGCCGACCCUGAGAGAAAGGUUGCUCACGCCUACGACAUGAUUGACUACCAAGACGCAUCCAACGUCGACGACAAGGGUGUGCAGUUCACCAUCAGAUCCGUGUUCAUCAUCGACCCAAAGAAGACCAUCCGUUUGAUCUUGGCUUACCCUGCUUCUACUGGUAGAAACACCGCCGAGGUGUUGAGAGUGUUGGACUCUUUGCAGACCGGAGACAAGAACAGAAUCACCACUCCUAUCAACUGGGUUCCUGGUGAUGAUGUCAUUGUGCACCCAUCUGUUACCAACGAGGAGGCCAAGACUUUGUUUCCAAAGUUCAGAAUCAUCAAGCCAUACUUGAGAUUGACCCCUUUAGACAUCAACGAGGAGUAA